AAGUUGGCGUUAGACUAGUUUGCUACCAAUCUACAGAAGGUUAAUAUAACAAAAGACCAUAGAUAAGUUUUGUUCUCCAAGUUCCUGUUUAAGUUUUUGUCCUAAUAUCUGUUAAAACUAUUUUGAUCCAAAAUUAAUUUCUGGGUACUAAGUGUCUUGUUCCAAUUUGAAGUUCCAGAGGUACUUCAUUAGCAUUAAACGAGAAGAAGCAAUGGAGCAAACGGCGAGACAAAUCGUAUUGCCUGUGUUGGGGAAAAUUUCCAAUCUUCUUGUUCAACAGUUAGAUUCAUUGCUUGGAGUAGAAGAUCAAAUUCUUUGCAUCGAAACCCAAUUGAGAACAUAUGCUGACGAUUAUGACCAUGCGAAAAAUGAGAAGCUACUUAAAGAAAUUAUUCACGAUCUUGAAGUUGUGAUUGAUGAGUUAAUCAUCGAUUCAGCCCACAGAAGGAAAAGAGAUGAUUUCAUUCGGUAUGUUUUCGCUUCCGUUGAUCAGCCAUUGUUUUUCUUUCAUAUUUUGGCUCUUGUCGAUUUGCUACAUCAUUAUAGACUUCGCAUGAAACUGGAACAGCUAAUUAAGAUUUUCAAGAUAUAUAUUGAUAUUCUGGAAUAUGGUUCUUGGGUUUGUGCUCUUUUAACUGGUGGUAAGGCCUCUGGUCUCUGGCACGAAUCUGUAGGCCCAUAUGACUUGGGUAUUUCUUCUAAUGUAAGUUUGUUUAAUGCCUUAGCCACUAGGAAAGAGAUUAGCCCUGCCGUGCAAAGGCAAGCGAGGUACUUGAGAGACAAAUUCAGGUCUUUGCAGGAUUUUCUAAAACAGUCCAAAUCAAAAGAACUAAGUGAAGUAGGAAUGGCAUGGAUGGAGGAACUUGGCGAUGUUUGUCGCUCAGCCGAGAAUGUUGUCGGCCUUUUCAUGGAUUCCAAGCUGCAAAAGAACAAGAAUGGGAAACGAACUUUCACAAAAUUAGUUUGGUCAUCCCGCAAUUUCAUUUCCCAACAUAAGAUUGCCCAGAAGCUGGCGUGGAUUGAAGAUAAGAUCCGUGAUAUUUAUAGUAGAAGAUAUGAAGCCAUUCCAAGUCCGGUGCGGAAUUUUGACCCACCAAGAAAAUAUUUUCAAAGCUUAAACAGAAUGAUUACAAGAAUUCGUGCUGCUGACCAACUUGACGACCAACUUGACAUAGUUAGCUUCAAUGACGAUGUAGAUGCAGUUACUGCACAGCUUCUGAAAGAGGAUCCUCGCUGCCUUACCAUUUCAAUUGUGGGUGUCCCAGGCAUCGGCAAGACAAGCCUCGCCCAGUUAAUUUAUGACAGUCAAGCUAUUGCCAAUCAUUUCCCUCAUCGUGUCUGGGUUUCAAGAUCUGGUCUCAAUACAAGCAAGCAAGAUAUCAUGAAACAGAUUUUGGGCAUUGAAGGAUCUGAUUUAUAUCGUGAUUCAAAGGACACAGAGGAAAGCUAUAUACGUAGGGUGAGGCAAAUGGUUAACGCUUUCUUCAUGGACAAGAAGUAUCUCGUAGUUAUUGAUGACUCGUAUUCAAGUAAACUCCGCAAUGCGUAUGAAUUCUGGAGAGGAAUGGGAAGUGCCUUCAGUGACAUAUCAAAUGGAACAAGAAUACUUUUCACAGUUUGCCACCUGUGGCAAGCUCCACCAGUUACUGAAACUGAUUUCACUUACAGAUUGCAUCUGCGAACCAAUGAUGAGAGCUGGGCAUUGUUCACACAUAUUUUGAAGGUAAACAUCCCUCCAGAGAUGCAGUAUCUGAAGGGACGCAUCAUAAGAAAAUGUGGGGGGUCACCAACAGUAAUCGUGAAACUGGUAGAACUACUGUCACAAAGAGAUGCAACUCUAGAGGAGUGGUCCAGGGUGCUUGACGAGCUAAAUCAAGAUGAAGAAACCUGGUCAGCAAUAUUGGAAGAGAUUAACAAUUAUUUGCCUCUGUAUUUGAGGCGAUGUCUCUUUUAUUUUGGAUUAUUUCCAGCAGGCUAUAAGAUCCCUACAAGAAGAUUGAUUGCCUUGUGGGUUGCUGAGGGUUUGGGGCAUCAACAGGGUGAUGCAAAGUCCCCUGAAUACGUUGCAGAGACAUGCUUGAGAGAGUUAAUUAACUAUGAUGUGGUUCAGCUGACAGAAAAGAAACUCAAUGGAAAGAUUAAAACGUGUUGCCUACCAGAAGCUCUGCAAGUACACUGGUUUAAAAGAGCCCAGGAAGCCAAUUUUCUUCAAGGCCACUCUGACAUCUCGAGCACAGACAUUGGUGUAAUACGCCGUCUUGCUGACCAUCUUCAGCAGAAUGAUGUCGUCUUUGAUGAUAUUCAUCGUUCCAACAGUGUUUCUCCAUGCUCUCGCUACAGAGAUGUGGUUUCCUUUUUAUCUUUUGAUACUCGAGAAGGAAGCGAACCAGGAGAAGAGAUAGGGAACUUUCUUGAUAGAUGCAUCUCAAGCAAUUGUUUCCGUUUCCUUUGGGUGUUGGAUCUUGAAAAAGUGUACAAACCAAAACUUCCCAAGGCAGUAGGCCAACUCGUUUGGCUGAAGUACCUUGGCUUGAGAUAUACAUACCUUGAGAUGCUUCCAGCAUUCAUCAACAAAUUGCUAAACCUUCAAACGCUGGAUUUGAAGCGUACUUGCAUCAACACUCUUCCGAGUUCAAUAUGGAAGAUGCAAAAGCUGAGGCAUUUGUUUCUAGAGGAGAGUUUCUGCAGUGCAUUUGUCCCUCCACAAGAAGAAAGCUCUCUGGUGGACCUUCAAACACUCAGGGGUGCAUUUGUAGGUGAGGAUAGCCCAGUGAGAAAUGGCCUGGACAGUUCGUUGAACAUUACAAACUUGGGUCUAAAAUGCAAGAUAUCUGUGCCAUCUCAAAAAGCAGCAAUGUCCUCACAACUUGUUGAUGUGGAAAAUUGGGUUCGAAAACUAAAACACCUUCAAUCGUUGAGGUUAAAAUCAUUUGAUGAAUCAGGUCUUCCCUGGGAUCUUCACUUACGGUCUUUGUCAGGCCAUGUGGAUCUCUCCAAUAUAUAUUUGGUUGGAAAGCUAAAGAAUCAGCAGCUUGUAUCUGAGUUACCCGGAAGCCUGAUUGAACUCACCUUGUCAGCAUCUGGACUGGUAGAGGACCCAAUGCAAACAUUGGACAAACUUCCCAACCUUAGAAUUCUGAGACUGUUCUCAAGAUCCUUUAUGGGAAAGAAAAUGCUUUGCUGUUUUGGAGGAUUUCCUAAGCUUGAAGUCCUAAAAUUCUGGGAGCUGGAGCUACUUGAGGAAUGGAAUGUGGAGGAAGGAGCAAUGCCUAAUUUGAAAGACUUGGAAAUCAGACGCUGUAUGAAUUUGAAGCUGCUUCCUUCUGGACUGCAGUGCAUUAAAACCAUCCGACAAGUAAAAUUAACAAAGCUUCCAAUUUUGUCAUCAAGUCUUGAGGAUAAACAGGGUGAGGAUUGGAAAAAAAUAGCCCAUGUGCGCCAUGUCUGCAUAGAAGAUUGAAGAUGCUGAGCAAAACUUCAACAAUAAACAGUACAUGCUCUUCUGUUUGUAUAACCUCGGAUUUCAUCUGCUUCAUAGUCUUGUUCCCCUUAAUUUUCAAGCUUACAGUUUUCUUACAUAGAAAUCAACUUGUUUGACUCCUAUCAUUUGAUUAGUAAGUGUAUGUUUCAUUUGUUUUGUCUCUGAAGGGCAGGCAGCUGGAAAUCUUUCUGUUGGCUUUACAAUUUCUUUUCUUCUCUUCUCCAUGCUUCUGGUGUAUUAUUGUCUGUUAUUGUAUUUGUAGCUGCUGCUGCUGCUGUUGUUGUAGUUUCCAAAUAAAAUUGUAUCAGUAAGUUUUUUUUCCUUAA